AGGUACUGAGAUCCAGGAAGUUUUUGCUGAAAAGAAUAUAUUCCGCUGGCACCGAGGGGCUCUAAUGUACUUCACCGAUAGAGUAUAAGAAGCGACGCAAAAACGAAAGUGAUAAUUUCUCAGGAACGUCAGUCAACCAGUACGCAGUAUUUCGCGGAAAAGAAGAUUUGACAGUUUAAUUCCUACUACACCGUGUGCGACCAACUCUGACCGCAAGGGAUCGUAUGUUUAUUUAGUCUAGGAAAAAUUAUCUCAGAACGUUGCCAGUUCCCAGUUCCUGUGUGAUUUCAUCGUCUUCCGUACAUUUACACCUAAAUGAGGAUCGGUUGGAGGUCCACAGACUAAACUACUUAUAUCUCUCUUUGCUGAAACUCCGAAAUGAAAUUUGGAAAUCAUGUUCUCGUCGAAUCUGUUUCUCUUUUUAGUCCUGUCACUGACUGUGAAUGUUUCAGCUGGAGUUUACUUCUUCCUCGCUCCAGUGCUCGCCUUUCCUAUUUCAAAGUCAGAUAGCGAGAUCGCUAAACGGCUGAUCAAAUUCUACAAGGAAAAACCAAGGCUCAUCCGAAAACUCUUCAGGGACCAAAUUUUUGCCAUCCUGCUUUUCUCCUGUGGACUGUACUGCUCUUCCUCGAGAGACACGUACACCAAGCCUCUUCGCAACACAUCAUCGACCUUCUUGAUCUUCUUCGCCAUAUACCUUGGAAACUACGUGUUCAAGUUUUGUCAGGACUUUUUAUUGAGACGCGAGCUCCCUCUAUACAAGAUUAGCUUGCUGCAUCACUUUGUGACUGCCACGACUUACGGCGUGAUAAUUGCUUACAGACAGAACUCAAUAUCUGGCGUAGUGGGGCUUCUUUUCGAGGGAAGCGUCUUUGUAUUCGACUUGAACUCUCUGCUUCGAUUUCUGGGCGUGAGCAAAACCGGUUGGCUCGUCUUGUGCACGUCUGCGCUCCGAUUCUUUCUCACAAUUUUACUAAGGGCGCUGUGUCCUAUCGCCUUGCUCGUGAUAACUCUUUCGUCUUACACACCUUUGUCUUUGGAGUACGUUCCUCUCGGGUUUUUCUUCAUGAACAUCGUGUUCUUUGCCAUGAUAAAUGGAUGGCACAUUAAGGUGUCGCUUGAGGGCCUCAAAAAGCGUUUGCUAGCGAGACGCCUGUCGUAUUAUUACAGCAGACCGAGGGCAGCCAGUGAUGGUAAUUUCACCAACGGUAUGGAGCUAAACAAUGUCACCUCGCUGACUCAAGCAAUAACACGCACUGCUUUACCCAUCAUUAUACCAAGCGACGCAAAUUUCAGACUUUCGUCUCCCGUAUCAAACGUGAAUAUGAACAGUGAUGAGGUAUCUAACAUUGCUGUUUCGCGACACGAACGAACGUUACCUCAAAUUAAUGUCAUUAUCAACGAUACGCCAGAGUCGAAUGAACCAAUAAUCCAAGUGUAAUCGGGAAUGUUGGUUAUUUCAUCAGGGGUGCUAUACAAGACAACUCUACAGAUCAUAUAAAGAGAUAUUGGCCAUGCAUUUAUCACGAGUAAGGAGCAAAAAAAAAUGAAGCCAGUCCCAAAAAGGAUUCAGAACUUGGGCCCUCUGUUCACUGAUCGAAAUUGCUUUGUCAUUAAGCCAAAGAGAAGUCUCCAUUAAGUCAACUUUUGACCAUGAGCCGCUAUCAUAAACUACAUGUAACCUCAGAUCUUGCUUAAAAAAUUGCAGCCAAUCAUGAAAAGACUUCCAAGAACUGUGCGAGAAGCUUUUUAAAUUUUAAAAUUGUACAUAAGUUAAAUGGUACAUUCAUCGUAAGGUGAAAAUCUGUUUAUUUUAUGUUUUAUUUCUAGCGGGCUUUGCUGUUGAUACUUGUGAAAAACGGUCAAUUAGUAGUUCACUUUCAAGAACGAAUUAAUGAAAAUAAAAGAAAACAUUAUCAGUUAA